AUGAUGAAACCGAAUAAAGAGAAAAAUGAACUGGCUGCUGCUGAAGCUACGUUGAUCUAUCAUAGUAUUAAACAUGGUUUAUCCUAUUUGGCUCAAGAAUGUUCAACAAAUGUUUGUAAAACAAUUUUUUCAACAUCAAAUACGGCAAAAAAUUUAUCAUGUGCAAGAACGAAAGCAACGGCAAUAUCAAUUAAUGCAUUAGCUCCAUUUUUCACAAAUAAGAUAUUGAAUGAAAUACAAUUUUCGCAAUACUUUUCAAUGUCAUUCGAUGCCAGCAAUAAAGGAAAUAUGAAAAUGUACCCAUUUUGUGUUCAGUAUUUGUCAGAAAUUGGAGUCAAAAAAGGUAGCGUUGAUUUUAUUGAUGAUGCAAGUGGAUCAGCUACGAAUGUGCACAGAAAUGCACGCGAAGUAUUGGAAAAACAUCAUUUAAAUGUGCAAAAUUUGACCACAAUCGGUGUUUAUAACACAAAUGUAAAUGUCGGAGAGCAGCAGAGUGUAUACAAAUUAUUUCGUGACGAAUUUUCAGAUCUAAUUAAAGAUUCAUCAUUUUUUGGUUCAAACGGUAGAUCAAAAUUAGCAAGUUUAUCGGAAGAAAAAGCUGUUGAAUUAAAAAAUUCAUUUGUUAAAUUCAUUCAACGAACAAUAGAAUAUAUAGAUGAGUAUUAUUCGCAGAAGAAGAGAAACCGACAAGGAGAAUUUAUCAUCGUAAAAGGUUCAGUGCCAUCUCAUUUAUUCGAAGCAAUUAGUCCAUUUGGUUCUCCAGAAAUAGACCGUUUGACAUGGCAACAAGUUAUUGAAUGUACUGAACGAUUAAAAUUAAAAACGCUGAAUGAAGAUCAAUUGUUUGACGAGUUUAAUGGUAUUCAAUUGACGUUUAAAGCCAUCAAAGAUAAGAAAAUUCCACUUUACGAUCAAAUCAAGCUUUCAUCAGUCAAAAAACUGGUCCACAGAACACCGAAAUGA